CCAAAACAACGGCGCGGCCCGGCCCGGCAGCCCUUGCGCCCGCGCCCCGCCGCCACCACUGCCGCCACUGCCGCCGCCGCUCGGCGGGGCCCGCUCGGGGCGCGAGGGGGGAGCGGAGCCCCCCCCAUCCCCCGGUGGUGCGGCCGCCGCGAUGAAGCUCCGCGUGCGGCUGCAGAAGCGAACGGCGGCCCUGGAGCUGCCGGGGGCGGGGCCAACGCUGGGGGAGCUGCGCGCGCAGCUGCGCGCUGCCCUGCUGCCCGCCUGGGGGUACAGUUCUGAUACCAAGUUUGCAAUAACACUGAACAGAAAAGAUGCUCUCACAGAGGAUCAGAAGACCUUAGCUUCGUACGGGAUUGUUUCUGGUGAUUUGAUAUGCUUGCUACUAGAAGAAGCAGAUGGACAACCCAGCCUACCUCCUCCUCCUUCAACUCCUACUCCUCCUCCUCCUCCCCCACUUCAGAAUGGUCGUGAACCGUCCACCUUGACCCCCAGCAACAGUGAGGCAAACAGUCCAAAAGAAGAUGGGCAGAAUGAGCAAUCUGACAACCAGAAAGCUCAGCUGGAAGUUCAAAAGAGUGAUGAGAGGGCAGGAUCCAGCCUAGAAUUUCCUUCUGGAUUAGUCCCAGAAGAUGUUGACCUGGAAGAAGGUACAGGCUCCUAUCCCUCGGAACCCAUGCUGUGCAGUGAAGCUGCUGAUGGUGAAAUACCCCAUUCCUUGGAGAUGCUCUACCUUUCUGCUGAGUGUACCAGUGCCACUGAUGCCUUGAUAGUUCUGGUUCAUCUGCUCAUGAUGGAGACAGGCUAUGUACCUCAGGGGACAGAAGCCAAGGCAGUCUCCAUGCCAGAGAAGUGGAGGGGCAGUGGUGUUUAUAAGCUACAGUACACACAUCCCCUUUGUGAGGAAGGUUCUGCUGGCUUGACUUGUGUGCCUCUGGGAGAUCUUGUUGCUAUUAAUGCAACAUUAAAAAUCAACAAUGAGAUUAAAAGCGUUAAGAGAAUCCAGCUAUUGCCAGCAUCCUUUGUUUGCUUUCAGGACCCAGAGAAGGUUGCAGGUGUUUACAAAGACCUUCAGAAGUUAUCCCGUCUCUUUAAAGACCAGCUGGUUUACUCUCUCCUGGCUGCUGCCCGACAAGCUCUGAACUUGCCAGAUGUGUUUGGGUUAGUGGUCCUUCCUCUUGAGCUCAAGCUUCGGAUUUUCAGACUUCUGGAUGUCCGUUCACUCAUCUCUCUCUCUGCUGUUUGCCGUGAUCUUUACACAGCUUCAAAUGACCAGCUUCUGUGGAGGUUUAUGUAUCUGCGGGAUUUCCGAGAUCCCAUUGUAAGGUCUCGUGAUACAGACUGGAAAGAACUAUACAAGAAAAAGUUGAAACAGAAGAAGGAGGCCCUGAGAUGGAGGCACAUGAUGUUUCUGCCCCCUAUACCUCAUCCAAUCCCCUUUCAUCCCAACCCAUUCUAUCCUAAUCCCUUUCCUCCCAACCCCUUCCCAUCAAACCCAAUCUAUCCCCCAAUGAUCAUUGGUGGAGAAUAUGAUGAGAGACCAACACUUCCGUAUGUUGGAGACCCAAUUAACUCACUCAUUCCCGGCCAGGGAGAAGCACCAGGGCAGUUUCCUCCAUUCAGACCACACUUUGACCCCAUUGGUUCCUUGCCUGGAGCAAACCCUACGCUUCCAGGACGAGCUGGUCCCAGUGACAGGUUUCCACCCAGACCCAGCCGGGGCCGCCCCAUGGACAUUCGCCGUGCGUUCAUUUGAUUGCGGCUUUUUCCUGCAGUGAGUUUUCUAGUCGCUGAGCUUGCUUCCUAACUGCAGGAGAUUGCAAAUCCCAGGCACUAACACCUGCCUUCUCUUCAGAUUGUGUCAAGAACGCGUGUGCAUGGUAGUGUUCCGGCCACAAAGGCUGGGUUUGUUUUGUGCUCUGGUAGUGCUGUACCACCUGGCACUCAGGUCUGUUUCACAAAGAGCUACGACUUAGAGCAGUUUGUUCUCCCUCCCCUCCUCCUUGCCCUUAGUCGUCUGUGAAGUGCUACUUACAGACCAGAAGGAUACCGGCCAAAUACUUGCUGCAUCAGAUAAAGAGCACUUUAAAUACAAA